GCUAUAACUUACACUCGAAAAUACCAAAUAUGCGAACUAAAUAACCGCACCAAGGAGGCGAGACCAGAGAAUUUCCUUUCAGCACCCGCUUGGUUUUACAUUCGGCGAUCGAACAGCAGAAGUAAGAGAUCAAAUGUCUUUCUAUCUAUGCGAUUUCUAUAUCUUUUAAAUCUUCUCCAUCUUCAGCCUGGUUCUUUCUCACCUGGAAGAGCUAAGAAUAGGAAGUGAAUGUAAAACACAUCUUUACCUCAGCUCCCUUAGGUUCUAUCCGUGAAUUACCGGCGCUGUCUUGUCACGAAAUAAAGGCGAGUGAAGGUGAAGGGCUGAAUCCAACUAAGAAAGGAAAAGAAAAACUGAUUUACUGUGAUAUGGUUAACGAAGUUAGGUCCUAUAACUUUGCUUGAGUUAUUUUAUUUUGUAACGAGUUAUCAGUAUUAUGAAAUUAUUAUAAAUUAAACUAUUAUUGAUAUCAUUAUCGUAAUAUUUGGUUUGGAUCAGUUCUAGCGUGGAUGCCUCUCUCAAGUUGCUCUUACUUAGUCACUGCUUCUCUUUCAACAUUUUAGAUAUGGAUGAAUGUAAAUUUAACAUCAGUGACUCCGAUGUGAAUGCAAACUGUACCAACACAUAUGGUUCUCACAAAUGCACAUGUAAAGUGGGAUACAUCGGCGAUGGACGCUCGUGUUCAGGUAAUUUUGAAGAUGACAUUAUUGAUAUUUCGCAAUAAACUAAUUUUUGUUAAUUGUCUCAUAAUUUUAAGCAGCGUUACCCAUGCAUGUUUAUGUACAGAGUUACCAUGAUCUACAUCUGGCUUGUUUCAGAGCCGUCAGGUUGAUAAAUUAAAAUAUUUGUGCUGAAAUAUAAUUUUGCAAUAUCUAAUUCAUGUAUCAACAAAAAAGGAAACCUUUUUUUUUUUUCAUAUUAUGUAAUGAUUAAAGAAAUUAAACGACUAUGAGUCAUAAAAAUGAGUCAUAAAAGUGCAAAAUGCAUCCAUGGUUUCUCAGAUAUUGACGAGUAUAAAGGACUCACCCUUGUCAGGUGAAUGCUACCUGCACGAACACCGAAGGAUCGUAUGUUUGUACUUGUCACCCCGGAUAUACUGGAAAUGGACGGGACUGCACACGUACUUGAUGCGUUUCUUUUGUAACCAUUCCAAUUAGCAAGACUUGUUUUACCAGCAUACCUUGUAUAAAAAAGUGAUGAGUAUAGACCUGACGACAAUGGUGAUAAUGACACAAUUGUAUUAACCCUUUCAUUAUCUCAUUAGUAGUUCUCUUGACUGUCUGCCGUACAAUUCUGUUGAUGUUUGUUCUGAGAAUUUGGUAUUGAAUCAACUAAUAAUCCACAAGCUGAUAUUCUUCUUUAUUACACCCAUUUUGAAAUCACCGGCGGUCCCUGUAAUCUGAUUGGCUCUAAUUGAUGUGAGUUAUUCACGAAUCGCACCAUUUUUUGCUUUAAAUGGCAUCUUUUUCCCAGGCAAUGAGGAGGCUACACUAAAAACGAAACGACCAAUCAGAUCUCAAGGCUUGUUUAAAGUAACCGAUCAAAUUGCAGAAAAAUGAAAGACAAAGAGUAUCAACUUUUUUUGCAACUUUUGUUUCCAAAACUCUUACUUUUUCCCCCUAAAAAAUGGAUGAAUUUAAUUUCAGACCUGCUCAGUACUGCAUCAACAAAAUGUUUGAACUGACCAAGUCCAGUAUCUGAGCGAUUUUAAAAUUGAUGUAAUAAAGUGGCAAUUGAACCUCGUGUCGUCAAAAGUUUCUUUUGCAGAAAAUUGCAGUGAGAUUAAUAUCCAAUUAGAUGGCCAUCCAAUUUGCAGGGUCGAGCAUGCCAAAUCAUUAGGUUUCAUUAUUGAUGACCGACCUUCAUGGUCUAAUCACAUCAAAGAACUAUGCAGAAAGAUAUCCUCGGUAAUAGGUGCUCUGAGGCGCAUUAGGUCCCUCAUUUCUCAGUCCACUGCAGUACAAAUAUAUAACGCUUUAAUCCAACCUCAUUUCGAUUACUGUGCCCCUGUUUGGAAUGGAUUGAGUUCUUAUCUAUGUGAGAAACUACAAAAAUGCAAAACCGAGCAGCUAGGGUUAUUCUGCAAGCCAACUGUGAGGUAAACUCAAGCUUGCUUCUUGAAACUUUGAAGUGGGAUCAGCUAUCAUUAAGAAGAAGAAAGCAGAAAGCUAUAAUGAUGUUUAAAUCCCUCAACGGGUUAGCCCCAGUGUACUUGCAUGAUUUAUUCAGUGAGCAACAUACAGAAUAUGACUUGCGUAAUUAUUUCCGUAAGUUAAACUUACCCAAGCCGCGUACUGACUAUUUGAAACGUAGCUUUGGCUAUAGCGGUGCCUUAUUGUGGAAUUCUCUUCCUGAGAAUAUUAGGGCGAUUAGAUCAAUUGGGCAGUUUAAGCAGGAAAUCAACCGCGCACUUGAAACAUUCGAUUCACACUCGGCAAUCUUGUAAAUCAGUUUUUAUAGUUAUUUUAAUUUUUACAAAUGAUUGUAAUUAAAAUACUAUUAGUGUAACUGAAGAUUUUUAACCGAGUUUAAAUAAAGAUUUACUACUACUACUACUACUAAUUUUGGUCUGAAAUCAUACUUGUGAUUUCAAAUCGAACUCGUGCUGCGCGCUCAUUCGAUUUUGAAAUCAUGCAUAUGAUUUCAGCACAAAUUACACCACUCAGUUCAAUUACCAUUAUUUAUUCUCAUCACUUGUCUUUUUGAUAUUGUAUUGAUUUGGUAAAGAGAAAUUCUGUCAUUAAACAUUUAGUGGUAAAAAAUCUCAAAUGGCAAAGGGAGAUUAAAUUAAAGGCCUAAUUAAAGCCUUAUUAGUUAAUUUAUUAAUUAAAGGCUGAAAGGACAGAACAACGGAGUUGAACUUGAGGGAACCGAGGAAAAAUCUAGUGUGUGGUAAUGUGAAGUGCUUCCGUCUAGAACCACAAGACAAAAAGACUAAGCCUAAGCAUAAUGCUCGGCAACUUUUUUCCUAUUACAAUUAUUUUUUUUUAUGUUUAUGAUUUUACAGAUAUUGACGAGUGUAAAGGAAAUCACUCUUGUCACGUGAAUGCUACAUGCAAGAACAUCCUUGUAUCACAUGUACGUCAAUGUCAAGCUGGAUAUAAUGGGAAUGGACGAAACUGCACAGGUGAAAUUAAUCUCUUCGCUAUAAUAUUAAGAAUAGUUCUGCAUCAUGACACGUUCAACUACAGUGCCGCACCAUUCAGCCGCGUUGCAAGACAAUUAGACAAUUUAUCAAUGAGAAACUCGGCCAUUUUGUCCUCAUUAAAUAUAGAAGAGAGUAAUACACAGAUGCGUGUUGAUAUGGAAUUUCUCUUCGAGUGUUCAACUCGCUAUCUCAUGAGUGAGAGCAGCAAACGAGUAAGGUAUCGAGCAAGAGAAUAUAGACUUAAUUAUAAUCUCUUAGUAUCGAGUUGAACAUGAGAAGAGAAGGUCCAUAACUGCAAGCAAACAUAUAUUAUUUUGUUUAUCAUAUAAACACAAAAGGCCUUUACUGAGAAGAAAAGUCGACUUUCAUAAAGAAUACAAUUAUAGGUUCUACAAUCCGCCAGAAAAAAGUAUACCGAGGAAGGCUACCAGGGCUGAUCUUUGACAACUGAUAUCCGACUACAGUUUGGAAUGGUUUCUAGAGAGAGACUCCACUGCAAUGGAAGUUUUGGCUUAGUCUAAGGUAACAAUUAAUUUGUCACAAUGACAACUAACUUGAUGCUUUUUCGCCUCGCAAGAGUUUAAAACCUAAUGUAUAUCUCGCUCGUGUAACUACAACCGUUGCAUAAUUAUUCUUUUCUCUCCCUUUUUUUUUAGAUAUUGAUGAAUGCCAAAAAAAUACUCAUGAUUUUCACCUGAACGCUACUUGUCAAAACACAAAUGGAUCCUUUUUCUGCACCUGUUUCUUUGGAUUUAACGGAAAUGGACGGAACUGCACAGGUAAAGGUCUUUAGGUUGUAAUUGCCUCGUUGACUUUAACAAAUUUAGUUUGUUUGUGUUUGUUUUUUUGAAUUGUUUGUUUAAUUUGCACGUUCCUUCUUUAUUUGUUUGAUAAAGUAAUUACUCUUGCCUUAAUAUUUUUCACCAAUGGAAGAAAAUAAAAAUCCUUCAUCCCACUUGAAAGCAAGAUGACAAAAUGCACUCAACGUUCAAAAUAAGGAGAUUUAUAUAUGCAUCAUACUCCCAGAAGCCUUUGAUGUCUCAGAUAUUGACCAAUGUGCUAGAAAUCUUUCUUGCCAUGCGAAUGCUAACUGUACCAACACCAUUGGAUCACAUGUAUGUGCAUGCCACACUGGAUACACCGGAGAUGGACAAACUUGCUUCGGUGAUUUUAAUAAGUUUCCUUCAAUGUCCAGAAAAGUCCUUUAUGACCGGAGAAGAGCAAUUUUCAUUGCUGCUCUUUCUAUACAUACAAUCCCAGCUAUUCGAAGCGGGAAGUAAUCUGAAACGUCCUACAGAACACUCAAUUGUGGGUUGUGACGUUCUGCGCCUGAUCCCUAUCAGACAUCGACGAGUGUUCAAAACUGAAUAUCUGCGAUGAGCACGCCUCCUGCAGUAAUAACCAGGGCCCCUACAGUUGCGCCUGUAAUUCUAGAUACAAUGAGGAUGGUUUGAAUUGUAAAGGUUAGUCUUGCCUUACACAUUUUUAGAGAUGGUACUGGCUGAACUCGCUGUAAAUAAUGUUGACUGAAUAGCUAUCCUUGUUUGGCCAUGUAAAAAAACACGUUAGCUUUUAGUGCCUUUAAAUUGCCUGGAAACGUCCUUCAGCGCACCUUUAGGGAAAAAGAAACAUAGAUUUGUUUUUUUAUAUCAUAUUUGAAGACUUGUUGUGCAUUGUUUUUGUCCACCAAGAGACAAAAUAAUGAUCCCCAUUAUUUUUUAUUGAUGAUGCAUAACUGUUCUGUAAAUUGAAUUACUAUGAGGCUGUGUCUCGAAAGGAUUGAAAGCAAUCAAACAGAAUAACCAGGUUGGUUAAAUCAAUGUUGACCGCGGUUAAAAUCUUAAAAUCUUUCUUUAAAUGUUCCCUACAUAUGGUUAUUUCGAAAAAUACAAUAAGAAAGACAGGUCAUCAUGCUUGUUUGAGAGAAAUGACGGACCAGACUUACCCCAUUUAUGCUCUAUUAGCAAAUUUCCACGCGCCUCAUUUCAUGAUACAUUUUUUGGUAGCUGGAAGCAAAGGUUUUGAAAGCAAAAAUUAAAAAAAAAACUUGAAAGUUACAAAGUCUCGAAUGUAAGGAACAAGAGCACUUACAACACACCCUAUGGUGGAGAAAAAUGUGACGACGAUUUCUCAUCCAUAGUAUUCGGGAAAUGCCAACCCAGUGCGUGCCGGAUAAUAGAUGUGGUGCGAUCUUCUCAGGCUGGCUAUACGGCGGUCACCACACAUUGGCAAAUGGUGAGGUUUCCUUCAAUGUCUGCUUUACCGGAGGUCAAAAUUGUUGUAAGAAAUCAAUUAACAUACGUGUGAAAGAAUGCGGAUCCUACUUUAUAUACAACCUCCAAAAGGUACCUGGUUGUUUUCUUCGCUAUUGUGGCACAGACAGAAUGCUAUAA